GAUCAUUAAUUAGAACAAAAAAAGAAAAGAAGAAUUUUGGAGAGUAAUCAUCACCCAUCAUGCUCAUGUUGCUUGCACAAAUUCAGUCACUCACUAACCAGCUCUGAAAGGAAGAAGUGUCAGUAAUAACUACAACACAAGCAAAACAGAACCGGGAUUCGAUUUGGAGAGAUCAACCAUGAAGAACGACCCCAACAACAACAACAAAGACACUGCCGUAGGAAUCCUAGAUUCACGAUUCAACCAGACCCUCAGAAAUGUUCAAGGGUUACUCAAGGGUCGUAGCAUUCCUGGUAAAAUAUUAUUGAGUCAAAGAGUUGACCUACCAGAUAGCUCAAACUUGUCAUCGCCAACUUACAAAAGGAGCUCCUCAUACAGUGAGACUGGCACAAGUGAUCCCACAUCUGAGAGAGUUGAGGAGGAAGUUCACAGUACAAGCAAACCAUUUGGUACUCCCAGUGAGAAUAAGUUAAAGAUAUCAACCUCCCAUGUGGAGAACCCAUCUGAAGAAGUUCGGAAAUCUUCCAUGAGCGCUAGAGCUACAGAUUCUGCUAGAGUUAUAAAGUUCACUAAGGUGCUUUCAGGGACAAUGGUUAUAUUAGAGAAAUUGCGUGAAUUAGCUUGGAGUGGUGUUCCAGAUUAUAUGCGUCCUACAGUGUGGAGACUUCUCUUGGGAUAUGCACCACCUAAUUCAGAUAGAAGGGAGGGAGUUUUGAGAAGGAAGCGCCUUGAGUAUCUUGACUAUAUUUCACAGUAUUAUGAUAUUCCUGAUACACAACGCUCAGAUGAUGAGAUAAACAUGCUACGCCAGAUUGGUGUUGAUUGUCCAAGAACUGUGCCUGAUGUUUCUUUCUUCCAGCAAGAGCAAGUUCAGAAAUCACUGGAGCGUAUUCUGUACACAUGGGCCAUUCGACAUCCUGCAAGUGGAUAUGUUCAAGGAAUAAAUGAUCUUGUUACACCAUUUUUAGUUGUUUUUCUAUCAGAAUACUUGGAAGGGAGCAUAGAUAAUUGGUCAAUGUCUGAUUUAUCUUCAGAUGAAAUCUCUAAUGUAGAGGCUGAUUGCUAUUGGUGCUUGUCAAAGUUGCUUGAUGGAAUGCAAGACCAUUACACAUUUGCUCAACCGGGAAUUCAAAGGCUGGUUUUUAAGUUGAAGGAAUUGGUCAGGAGGAUUGACGAUCCUGUUUCAAACCAUAUGGAGCAGCAAGGACUGGAAUUUCUUCAAUUUGCUUUCCGCUGGUUCAACUGUCUUCUAAUCCGUGAGAUACCCUUCAACCUCGUCACACGUCUUUGGGACACAUAUCUAGCUGAAGGAGAUGCCUUACCAGACUUCCUUGUGUAUAUAUUUGCCAGUUUUCUUCUAACGUGGUCAGACAAACUCCAGAAGCUUGAUUUCCAAGAGUUGGUAAUGUUCCUCCAACACCUUCCAACUCAGAACUGGACUCACCAGGAGCUUGAGAUGGUACUUUCUCGUGCAUUUAUGUGGCACAGCAUGUUCAACAACUCUCCGAGCCAUUUAGCUACCUGAGCAGGCAAUUGUGACUUUCUGUAUUUAGUUAUUCUAUUUUAUGGUUUUUCCCCCAGUUUCCAUCAAACUUUUUUCCCCUUCAGAGUGUGGUGCUUUUUAUAGAUGAACCGAUUCUUUUCACCAAUUUUACAUGUAUUUUGCCGUGUAAUUUCUUGUAAAGGAGAGAUAAAAAUAAGCAGCAGGAGAUAGAGAGAUAGAUAGAAAAAUAGGGAAAGAGAGGCUACUUUUGUUGUAUUAUUUUUUAUAUAUAUAAUCCAGUAAUGUCAGCACCAAGUGUUAGCUACUUUCCAUUUCUUUAGCACACCAUUUCACGUUGAAUUCACAG